UACUAAAACCAAGUAUGGUUAUCAAUCUUGUUUUGUUACCUCAUGUAGAAACAACUGUUUAAAAGAAAGGAGUAGGUGUGAAACGGUGAAUAUACACGCGUGUAGAUUAAACGCGCCGUCGGCUAACACCAGCCGAGGACUCGAUGAGACUAUUAGGCUAAAACAAGAGAGCUCACAUCUGGAUUAUUUUUCCUUUUGAGUUCUUUACAAAGAAUCAAGCAAAUGGAGUCAUCAUCAACGUUGCUCAAAAGCUCAAACCAGAGAAAGUCACCAUCGUCUCCGACAAGGAAACCACCAAGGCAAAAGAGGAAGACAACGACGACCACGAGCAAUAACAAACCCAUCAAAGUCCGUUACAUAUCAAACCCGAUGAGAGUGGAGACGUGUGCUUCUAAGUUCAGAGAGCUCGUUCAAGAACUGACCGGUCAAAACGCCGCCGAUCUACCUCCGGGGCCCACAACUUUCGCCGCCAAAGAUCCUCACAAGAAGGAGAUUAAUCCUGAGCCGUUGGAUGAAGGGAUUUGUGAGUAUUACUCACCGAUGGAUGAUGAAGUGUUUAAUGCUCCGCAAAUGUCGGCAGCUCUGUCUGCGUUUUUCUCGUCUGGGUUUUACAACGUGAAUGCAUUAGAAAGCAUUGGUUCUCUCUGAAAAUCUUAUGUGUCUUUUUACAUAAAAAUGUAACACAGAUCAGAAGAAGAAAUCAUCUUAGGGUUUCCUGGAUACCGACAUAUGUAUUUCUGUUUUUGUUUACAAAAAACAUGUAUUCUGUUUUUUCAUGUGGCGAAUUGUUUUUCUUUUUUUGAGUGAGUAA